UUUUAAGACUGCUCCUCAGGAAACUGUUCUCUGACGAGGGAUUGUCUUCCGCUGCUAGGAUGUACAGUUACCAGGCCCGGGUUCCUCCUCCGCCUCCCAUCGCCAGGGCUGUGGUGCCCUCCAAACGCCAGCGGGUCUCUGGCAACACCUCCCGCAGGGGCAAGAGUGGCUUCAACUCUAAGAGCGGGCAGCGGGGAUCUUCCUCCAAGUCUGGAAAGUUGAAAGGAGACGACCUGCAAACCAUCAAGAAGGAGCUGACCCAGAUCAAGCAGAAAGUGGAUUCCUUGCUGGAGAGCCUGGAGAAGAUUGAGAAGGAUCAAAAACUGAAGAACGACAAGUCAGAGGAGGAGCAGAGUAUCAUCUUGACAAAGAAAGAAGAGAGCAAUGUCAAGAUGGAGUCGGAGGCCGGAGCGGACGACUCAGCUGAGGAGGGGGACCUACUGGAUGACGACGACAACGAAGACCGGGGAGACGACCAGGUACGAAGCUGGCGGAGGCAGAGAGCCUGGAGUGAGGAGCCCGGCUCUCCCCGUUCGCUAACCAGCCCCCUGUGCCUGUCCCCUUCUCUCUCUCAGCUGGAAUCCAUCAAGGGCGACGACAAGGAACCCGAAGAAGGGGAAGAUGACAGAGACAGCACCAACGGCGAAGACGACUCCUAAGACCCCGGCACGUCGCUCCUCCUCCUCCUCCGCCCCGUCAAACAUGACGUUCUUCUGAUAUUGAGCCUCUCACCAGCCCCUCGCUGGCUGCCUCCCCACGGCCCCCCCAUCCUCCCCUCCAGCCGACCCUUGCGUGUUCAUGAUGUUGUGUCUUCUGUUACAUUUCCCCCCCACUCCCGACCAACGUUCCCCGGUAGUUCUGUUAAACCCAUGUAAUUCUCCUCUUUUAAUUUUGAUACCUCUUUAUUGACUUAACGAUUAAAAAAGGACGUAUUGUUUUUA